AUGAAAAAACAGAAGAGACGGAAAAAUGUAACCGAGGAAGAACUCGCCAUGGACGUGUUGGACGAAUUGGACGAAUUGGACGAAUUGGGCUCCCCGGGUGAGGGCGAAAAAACACGAACGUAUAACAAACGGAAGCGCAAAAAUUACCGGGAGCUGUACACUGAAUGCAAUGAAAGACGAAACAACAGAAUCGAUUUUUCCUAUUACGUAAAUAUAGAAUCGAUGAUCAUAGAGCUGCUGCUAGAUAAUAAUCUCGAAUCUUUUAAAAAUGCAGGGAAGCUACUGUUUAUCGUUUUGUCAGGCAUGUCCCCCAGAGUGAUGUACUUGAAGAGAGUGCUAAACUUAGUAAACUUUUUUUUUUACAAAGGAGGAAUCAAAUUUUAUCACAGUGAUAUGCACCUGAAAAUACUCCUCUUCAUUUUUAAGCGAAUUAAAUCUAGCUAUAUGGUUCCCCGUCAGCGAAUUUUUAACCUCCUAAUGUCCAAUAAUAACUUAAAGGAACUUGAAAAGUACAAAUAUGUGUAUACUCCAAAGGGUACCUUCUUCACCUUUGUCGACCAUCUGUAUUACCACAUAAAAGAUUUCAUGAUCUCAGUGAGGAAAAUGUUAAUGCAAGACUGGAUUGAGAAGGUACAGGCCAAAGCGUUAGCAUCGAAUAAGUCCAGGGAACACCUCCUAAAAAAACUGAAGACAAGUGAAAAAAUUGUCAUAUAUAAAGAAACCGAUGAAGAUGUAUUAACACACUUCUCAAAAUUGUUCAAUAUGGAAUAUUCCAAAUCUUUGGAUAAAUCACUGAAGCAAUUAAUACAACAAUGCAUUAAGGUUAACUUUCCCCUGCACAGCAUGUACCUUGACAUUUACAUUCUGUACAAUAUAAAGAACGUCGUGAAACUGCUGGUGGUGAUAGAUCAGCUGUUCUGUUCCCUCUUUCCGUAUUACUACUUUUACGAAUUGAAAUUGAAGCUUCUGCUUUUGCAUAUACAUAGGUGUCAAGCGGGGGGGGCUUGGCAGGAGGGAGCUGAUCCGCUAGCAGGUCCGCGUGCAGACCCUAUAAAUGACGCCACCGCUAUCGCGGCAGCCGAAGUGAGAGCCCUGAAAGGCGAAGAGGACGGUAGCACUUUUCCGAACGUAGCCCCUUCCACGAAGAACGCUAUUAGUGCCAUUUCGCUGAUUAGAAGCCUUGGAGGGGCGAAAUCAGAAGAGAAUAGCACCCUCAUGUAUGACGAAUCAUCUGUGGGGAAUGUAAAUUACCAGCUGGGCAUAAAUGACCAGAAAGAACUACGAAAGUUGCUAAAACUCAGGAAAAAGCAGAAGGAAGAGGCCAAUGAAUGUCUCAACAACCUGUACAGUAGUGAUUCCAGCAAAAGUGACAACAGCAACUUAAGUGAACAUAGAAUGAAUCAUGCCUUGCCAGGGGAUCAACCGUACAAUGAAAAUAACGACGAUGAAAAAAAUUUAUAUUUAGACGCUUUUAUGAAUUUAUAUAUUAACUGCACAGAAGGAAUGGUAAACAGUUUACCAUCCCUAAGCGAGUUACACGACUUUCACCCCCUGAAGCAAUUGAAUCAGAAUAUUAGAAGCAAGAGGAUGGAAGGAAAUCUCAACAACAUUGUCUUACCCAUGUUGAAAGAGUCAAAGAUAAAUGAUAUCAACAGUGUAGACAUGAGCAUGGGUAUGAGCGUCAUGGAACAUGAGAAGGAUAUACUGGGGGAAAACGAACUAGUGAACCACUUUAAUAUAAAACAGAGUGAACAAUUGCCAGGGGAUGACCCUGUUACAACGAAAAUGGAAGAAGCCAAAAAAGGAAAACUAGCAAGCCUUCCCAUCAUAGAAAAUAUUCAUAAGGACACAUAUAACGACAUGGCGUACAAUAUAAAUGUUGUUGCAAGCGUCGCCAAAUGUUUGAUACACUCAUCAAAUUAUGACCCCAUAUAUAUAAAGCUUUUUUAUUUUUAUCUUUUACCUCUCAUUUCGUUUGAAAAAAGAGUUGACGUGUUUUUAACAUACUCUUACGCAAGCUGCAAAAUUAUGAAGCCAUUAGUUUUUAUCAUUUUUUAUAAUAACCAUACGUCGACGUAUAUUCUUAAUACAGUCAAGCAGAUCUUUAAACAGGAUAAGUUCCUUUUUCAAAAAUAUAAAAACUCUUAUUUCAAUGGACUUUCCUUGAGAGACAUCCCCAAGAGCCAUUUUAUCUUUUUGUUGCUCCUCUCCGUUUUUUUUUACGACCACAAGGCGGAGUCCCUCCUCUACAUGUUCAAACUCUUUUGCAACUACGACCAAGAUGUCAUCAGCGACCAGGAGCGCGACAUAAACUACAUGAAAAUACACGAAGACGUGGUGCUUGAAAAUGACCAAAAAUACACGGAGCAGAAGAAAAGCAUAAAUAUAAUAAUCAUAAAGUUUAUCGAAAUAUAUGAGGAGAAAUUUGGCACCCACCUUUGCGACUACUUUGAUUUUUACAGAAUAUUUUUUAUACUCUUUGCUUCGUGUGUUGACAUGGAAUAG